ACUUAAUCGUUUUAAAUUGGCGAUUUGGUUUGUUUCUCUUCAAAUACAGCAAAUUCCAUGCCGUUUUGUUUGGUCAGUUCCCAUGCCGUUUUAUUAAAUUAAAGCAUAUUUUACUAAUACUUUUUUUUUAUUAUUACUGGGCCUUAAAUAGAGAGAGAGAUAUCCACCGAGAGAAAGAGGAGAAAUCAAACAGAAACAAGUUGGGUCCUGUGUGAGUCAUAUUCAUCUCAGUGGUAACUGCUCUGAGCAAACGAUGGAAGGCAAAUGGGUUCAGCUUAAACAGAAAGGAGCCGGACCAGGAGCAAGAAGCUCUCAUGCCAUAGCUCUCGUGGGAAACAAAGUGUACGCCUUUGGCGGUGAGUUCCAGCCGCGUGUCCCCGUCGACAACCAUCUCUACGUCUUCGACCUCCACACUUUAUCAUGGUCGGUCCAGGAAUCCUCAGGGGACGCUCCUCCUCCUAGAGUUGGUGUAGCCAUGGCUGCAGUGGGACCCGUCAUCUAUUUCUUCGGUGGCCGGGACUCGACUCACCAGGAGCUCAACGAGCUCUACUGUUUCGACACUUCUACAAACCAGUGGAAGUUGCUCUCUUCAGGGGAAACCGGUCCGGAAAACCGAAGCUACCACUCGAUCGCCGCGGAUUCUCAGAACGUCUAUGUGUUUGGCGGGUGCGGUGUUGAUGGGCGUCUCAACGACCUGUGGGCUUACAACGUUGUUGAUCAGAAAUGGAUCAAGUUCCCGUCACCAGGAGAAGCCUGUAAAGGAAGAGGCGGUCCAGGGCUCGAGGUGGUCGAUGGGAAGAUCUGGGUGGUAUACGGAUUCACUGGGGAAGAAGCGGACGAUGUCUACUGUUUCGACAUAGCUAAAGGAGAAUGGAAAGAAGUUGAGACAAAAGGCGAGAAACCGUCUCCGAGAAGUGUCUUUUCGACAGCGGUUGUUGGGAAACAGAUAGUGAUAUUUGGAGGGGAGGUUGAUCCGAGCGACUUGGGGCAUAUGGGAGCGGGGAGCUUCACAGGUGAAGCUUAUGGGCUGGAUACAGAGACGUUCGAAUGGAGGAAGUGGGAAGAUGGGUUUGGGUCAGAGGAGCAUCCCGGGCCUAGAGGAUGGUGCGCCUUUGCGGCUGGAUCACGGGAUGGUAAGGAAGGCCUGCUGGUUUAUGGAGGGAACUCGCCGAGCAAUGAUAGGCUUGAUGAUAUCUUCUUCUUCACUCCAAGCUCUACUCAUGUUAUUGGUUAACUUAACUCUGUGGUCUGGUUUUCUUGCUGAAUCAAUGUUUGAUUGCGUGAGCUUUAAGCCACGACGAAUCUUGGUGAUGAGACUGUAUUAAGCUGUUUUCCUUUUGGAUUGGGUGAAGUUUAUGUUUAUCUACUACGCUUUUGUAAAUCGAAACUGUCAUUAAACAACAAUAAAUAAGACAUCGAUAUUCUAUGUGUAGUUGGUUUAUACAAGUAACUACAAGAGAAG